GUAAAAGGCGAAUUCUAAAAUGGCUGAAGAAUUUGAAGAAGCCGAGAUGAACAAGGAACAAUCCAAAGAAAAAUCAUCGGAUUAUGAUGGCGGCUUGGAUUUAAGAGAAAUUGAUACUAAGCGACCGUUUAAAAUUGAUUAUUCUUGCGAAAAAGAUAAAAUAAGGAAGAAAAAGAUAUGUUUAGAAGCACUGAGAUUAGCUAGAGAACAUUUUGAUUUAAAACAAUAUUCUAUGUGUAGAUUUAUGAUUGAGAAGAUCCCUAAUAAAGAAUGUAGUGCGGAAGCAAUGUUUACGUUAGGGGUUCUCUAUUUUGAUGGUCUAGCGGUUCAGAAAGAUCAAGCCAAAGCGUUACAAAUUAUGAUACGCACUGGGCUGAUGAAGUCUUAUCCACAAGAAGAAGAAGAUUUUAUCGUACAAGCUCAAUUUAAUGUAGGCGAAGCGUAUUUUUACGGUACUGGAACUCUUAACAACGAUGCCGAAGCGGAAAAAUGGUGGCUUAAGGCAGCUUUAAAGAAACGCAAUCCGGGAGCAAUCAGAGCACAAUCGGCUCUUGGAAAAUUUUAUUCCAGAAGGCUCUAUUUCUUCCCAGACAAAAGUUUUUAUUGGCAUUCGAAAGCUUGUGAAAAUGGAAGUUUAGAAUCACAAACCGCUCUCGGUAUUAUGUACUUUUAUGGUAUAUGGGUCGAGAAAAACGAAUAUAUCGCUUAUAAGUAUCUUUCCAGCGCUUCGCACCGAGGAAGUGUAAUGGCUAUGGCUCAAAUGAUGGUAUUUUAUUACCAGCGUAGACUCUAUCAAAGUACGGCACAGUUAGGUAAACAACUUUGUAAAUAUUUCGAUAUUUUGGAGGUAUCUAGAAACACGGAAUGCUCUUUCGGAAGUGUCGUGGAAGGUCUAUGCAUCGCUUAUUUUUAUUUAGGAAGAUGUUAUCAUCGUGGUGCAGGAAUCGAGCAAAACAUAGAAAAAGCUCUCGUUCUUUACAAGAAAGCUACGGAAUAUUCAUCAAGAACGGCUUCGCAACUGCAUACAAAAUUGUUAAACGGUCUGAUAUAAUCAGGAUGAAUCUUAAACUGAUUUAUUUAAUUACCAUUAAAGUCGUUACAAUAAAUUUCUCUCGAUUCUUGAUUUUUCUCAUUAAACUAAACCAUCUUAUAAUAGGUAGACCUACA